AUGCCGUCCUAUACUGAACCUGUAUCGUUCAAUCCUGCCCUUCAUUACCCACCACAAAUCCAUCACGGGGGUGUCAUCACGGAAUCUAGCAGUUCCUCAGGAGAUUCACCAACGGAGGAAGAGACCAUCCAAGACUCACAAGUGGGCAUGACGGCGGAGUCCAAGAACCUCUAUCGUGAAGACCCUCGACUGCCAUGGCAAGAGUUAUCACUAGAGGAGAUCGGCAUCGAUGCCAACGCAAUAUCCGCUUCUAACAAAUUUGCUCUGGUGGUCAGGCGUGAAAAGCGUAUUGGCGACACUGACCAGCCCGCCAUUUCUCUGCAUUCCAUUACCAUACAAAGCCCCCUCAUCAAAGCCUUGCUCGGUCCUGUUUUUGCCGACUAUCAGGGUAUCAACACGAGUCUGAAAAGGCUAGAGUUCAUAGCUCCAUUCCAUGAGUUCUUCUACCGAUGGACUGAGUUCACUAGAGUCAAGGGUACGCUGCAGGAUGCAACUGAAGUUGCUCACUACGGACUUCUGUUCGAUAUUGUCAGCAACGAGAUCACACCACACAUUGAACAAGCUGGCGAUCUGGUCAAAAAUGGGGUGAUUUCGUUCGAAUACCUUUGGUCACUUUUCGAGCCAGGUACGGAAAUCUACUCUAGGGUUGAUGAACAGGACCGUCUCUACCUACUUCUUGCUUCCCGUUACGUGGACAUCGGCCCGGGCAUGAGGAUCUUCAGCUUGACAUGCCGCUACGUCGAAACAGAUGGCACCAGUUUUGGAUUCACGACCGCAAACUUGACCAUCAGCAGCUUCGCCAACGUCAAGCCAAUCUCAGACCUUAACGUCCUGCCAAGCCACCUCAAGUCGGACAUAGAUGGGAUCCGGACAAGGCUAUACGCCAGGGGCAUGAAGUUCGAACAACUGAAUGGAUUUCAUCACAAGUCCUACAAUGGAUUCUAUAACUUCUUGGAAGUACCCUUUGGAGGUUCCAACAAGAGAUAUGUUCAAAACGAUGCAGCAGAUGGCAAGAGUUUCGAGACGAAGAUUUGCAGCUCCUCCAUCAACAUCUCAGAUCCCACAGUCAAAGGAUUCUGCCUGAGGGCCAAGCAAUGGGGUGUGUAUAAGACCGGUGCCGUGGUCUUACCGAACAGAACUAAUACCCUGGUAGUGAUCCUCUACAUUGACUCAAUCGGCGAGAUCGAAUGGAGCAGCGAUGCCUUCAAACAGCUUGUCCUGCCUCACGACUACAAGCGAAUCGUGUGGGCGUUCGUCGAGGCCCAGAUAUCCCAGCAAGACACUUUCGAUGACCUAGUCCGUGGCAAGGGCAAGGGGUUCAUCAUGCUCCUCAGCGGAGAACCGGGCACAGGCAAAACGUUGACCGCAGAGUCAGUUGCCGACGCAAUGGAAAAACCCCUCUAUUCAAUGAGCGCUGGCGAGCUCGGGAACCAGGCCGUCGAGGUCGAGAGGAACCUGCAGCGGGUGCUCGAGCUGUCGACCAAGUGGGGAGCGGUACUGCUCCUAGAUGAAUGCGAUGUAUUCAUGGUGAAGCGUUCCUCGUCCGACCUCCACCGGAACCAAUUGGUAUCCGUCUUCCUGAGGCUGUUGGAGUACUACGAAGGGGUGAUGUUUCUCACCACCAACCGGAUUGAGUCGUUCGACCCGGCUUUCGAGUCUCGCAUCCACCUCACCAUCAACUACCCCAAGCUGGAUCAAAGCUCUAGGCUGCACAUCUGGCGGACAUUUGCCAGCCUGGGUGCUGUAGCUGGCUCCACGAGCGAGCUGGACGAGGAGAGUUUGCUGAGACUUGCGGAAGCUGAGCUCAACGGAAGGCAGAUCAAGAAUGUGGUGAAGACGGCACGCCUCCUCGCCGCUGGGGACAAAACACCCCUUCGCUUGGACCACAUAGAGACAGUGAUGCGUGUCAAACGAGGCGACCGUGCCUAUGUUGGCGGCAACGGCUCGGAAGUGGAGGCAGAGUGUUAA